AUGCUUGCUUCUGGCAUUGCUGCCAGUGUUCUAAACAAGUACAUUGUCUCUCAUCUGCACAUUUCUGGUAAGUUCUUCAUCCUUCUGGUCCAAACAGUUUUCCUCCUUCUUCUUCUUUCCAUUAUAAUGGCAUUUGUCUACUCCCCUAGCGAUUCCUUCAAGGCUGCCUCCAUUUCUACUGUUUCCCCGUGGAUAUUCUCUGCUGUUUCUCUCUCUAUUAUGAUUUACUCGGGGCUUGAGGCAAAUGCACGCCUGUCGAUUUCUCUUUUUACUGUUCUCAAAAAUCUUACAAUUCCCAUAAUCGCAGUGCACGAUGCACUUUUCAACAGCUAUAAGAUAUCAAUGCUUACUCUUCUGUCGUUUAUUUUGAUAGUUGUAAGCUCAUUCCUAGGGGCUUACUCUACUGACAAAAAGAAGAAAGACUCCAUCUCAGUGCUUGGAAUUACCUGGAUGGCACUAAACUGCUUCUCCUCUGCUGCAUAUGUUAUACGCUUCAACCAGCUAAUUCGAACAACACAAACAAGUAGUAUAGUUGCUGCGUGGGCAGUAAACAUACUUGCCUUUCCUCUUAUUCUUUUUUGCUUCGCGUUUGAGGGCAUGCGGGACCUUAAAACAGUCGGGGUAAAGGAGAUGCUUAUUAUUGCGCUGUCUGGCAUAGCCACCUGCUGCAUAGCUGUGUCCAACGCGCACGCUGCAUACACAUUCUCCACAACCACAAUUGCUGUUAUAAACGCACUGAACAAGCUUCCAAUAGCCGCAAGCGGAGUGGUUUUUGGAUUUGAAACUGCUGGCCGCUCGUCCAAAUGGAUAUCUAUUCUUCUGGGCGUGGCCUCCUCAAUUCUUUAUGCAGCUUCCAGAAUGCCCUCCAGCAAUGCAUAG